CUGAACGUGGUGGUGGUCGUGUUGUGCGUGUGCGCGCUCGAGACGUGACGUGAAAUCGCCUUUGCUCCGUCGCUGUUACGGCGCAUCCAGCGGCACGUACGCGGUCGUCGUCAGACUCGUCGUCGGUACAAAAAGUGACAGCCGGUCGCCUCCGUCCCAGUGCACCGGUUGAGGAAGUCGCAUCGCCAAAACAGACACCAGCCUCGUCGCCAGGUCUAUCGAUCCACUUCAAGGCUACGGUUAGCUCACCGCUUCGAACAACCAGCAAGCGGCGUCGCCGGUAUUCUAAGGCGCCGGUAGGCGGGAAGGCAGUUUCGCCGAGAAGAAGAGGAAGACUGUCGCCCGGUAUCUAGUUCCCCGUCAGGCACCAGAUCACCAGCCGGCGAUGCCUGCACCGACGUCAGCGGCGGGUGGGGCCGAGGGCGGCCCGCCCCGCACCGAACUGCAGGAGUUACAGCUCAAGGCCGGUCAAACUACGGAUGAAUCUCUGGAGAGCACGAGGCGUAUGCUGGCGCUAUGCGAGGAGAGCAAGGAGGCUGGCAUCCGCACUCUGGUCGCACUCGACGACCAGGGAGAACAGUUGGACCGAAUUGAGGAGGGCAUGGACCAGAUUAACGCCGACAUGAGAGAGGCCGAGAAGAAUCUCACUGGAAUGGAAAAGUGCUGCGGCCUUUGCGUUCUUCCCUGUAACAAAGGUGCCAGCUUCAAGGAAGACGAGGGUACGUGGAAGGGCAACGACGACGGUAAAGUUGUGAACAACCAGCCGCAACGGGUGAUGGACGACCGCAACGGUAUUGGACCGCAGAGCGGCUACAUCGCCAAGAUCACGAACGACGCGCGCGAGACAGAGAUGGAGGAGAACAUGGGCCAGGUAAACACGAUGAUUGGCAACCUGAGGAACAUGGCGAUCGACAUGGGCAGCGAGCUCGAGAAUCAGAAUCGGCAGAUCGACAGGAUCAACCGCAAGGGCGAAUCGAACGAGACGAGGAUACAGGUGGCCAACGAGCGAGCCCAUCAGCUACUCAAGUAAGCGGCCGCACUCUCUGUCGACCAUCCGCACCCCGUCGGCCGCCCACGAGCGUCACUACCAUCACCCUCCACCACCACCACCACCACCAACAACAACAACACAACAGCGACAACAUCAACACCAACAACAGUCAGUACAGUUACACUCGACAAGUCCACUCGAUCGUUUUCUCGCGAUUUAUUUGUUAGAACGUUGUUUCUUUAUUGUUCACGUUUACCGAUACCUUUCGAGUUUGGUAUCGUCGGAAACAUGAUAUAAUAUACUUAAUGAAAAUACUUAACCCUAAACUUGACUGAAUGGAUUUCGUAAAGUUGUUAAAAUUUUGUAAUAUUCUUUUUCGUUCGAAGUAAAGGACCGUAUGAAUCGCAUCGUCAUAAGCGUUUAAGAAUUAUUACGAAGAUACGUAAAGAAGAUUUGCGACCUCCUCUGAUGUGGUCUUUCGAACAUUUAGCGCAGUUUCUCUUCUAAAAUAUCAUAGAUAUUAAAUUAAUAGCACGCCCCGCGAACGAUGCGGCCGAUGAAAUUGACGAGAAAGAAAACUAAACACUGUCGUACUGGUGAGUAUCUGCUGCAUUUCUUUCGAAUAACGUACUCUUGGAUUUUCACUUCUUUAUAGCUUUUGCAAGUUUAGGGUUAAUAUACGCCGAAACAGAUUCACACAUCACAGAUUCGGAGAUUGAGUUUGAUUUUCGGCUUGACUUAAAGCGUGUAAGUGUGAUUCCUGAUUUAGCGUCGAAGACGUCCGAUUUAAUUUACGUCGAACUUCAAUUUCGUUAGUCCCCGUUCUGCAACCGUAAAUUAGAUUUAAUCUCCGAGACGGGCUUUUUGUCUUUACAAUGGCAAUCCGCCGACGAAGAGCUUCGAUGAUUCGAGGUGUCGGUGCCGCUAAUCGGUCAUCGAAGCUGGAUUAAAAACCGAUCUCUCUAUCUUAAGAUUGUCGGAGCAAUCUCAUACCGAAUCACAACGAAGAAACCGAUGGAAUUUCUGUCUAGCGUGGCAAAAGCGUCGAAUUUGUCGCGUAGUUUUAAAACGGAGCUGAAAUCCAAUCUCCGGUUCAGAAACGAAACAGCUUCGUUCUCUUUGCCGGCAGAGUUAGCGCGUUGAACGAUAUUGGAAUUUAAAUAACAAAUAAUAAUAUAUAUGUAUAUUAUAUAUUACCUCUCGUUAGUCAUACACAUUACACGACACAAACCGGGAAGAUUAACUGCACGAAAAGAUGCAGCGAUUAAUUGAAUUCUCUCGGUUGAAUUGACUCUAGAGAGUCGGUAUUGGAAACGCAAGAAACAAACGGAGAAAAAAAAAAGAGGAAGAAACAUGAUUAUAGUACAAAAAUUAUUACACUUACCUUCCGUUAGGAAAAAGAUUUCGAAUACAAUUUAUUUAUUUGUCUUAUCAUAUAUUACCGCUCUCCGCGAUUAUAACUUGCGCUUGAGGAUCACACUCGAACGUGUCAGCGAUACUGUCUACAAGCGGAAGAAGCAACACACUAAUCUCCCUCUCCCUCGAAUCUCCCCCGAAACGUAGGGGGUGGACCUCGCUGUUUCCCCCCCCUUGAUCGACAAAUGCGCGAUUCUCGAGGUCGGGCUAUCGAAUAGCUUUAGCGAGGGUUUCGCAAAUUUCGCCGGAUGUUCGCGUGUGAAAGAUACGCGGAGAGGUCGCGACGACACUUGGAGGAGGAAGGGAGUGGAAUCGCGAGCGUGUGAAGGACGAGGGAGCAGAACGAGGUGGAAAGAAGAGGAAGGACAGGUGGAAGAAGAGGACUCACAUAGCGAGAUUACCGAAGCAACGAAGAGAACGCGUUCAGCCAUAUGAUUAUUAGGAGUCAGCUGAAGCUGUGUAGAUAGAGCGAGGUCUUCUUUCGUCGUUUAAAAAUAAAAUAAAAAAAAACUCGACUCGCACUCGACAACGUAGAACAUAGGUGUUACUUCCCCUUGCCCCC